AUGGUGCUCGAAGCUACGAUGAUCGUUGUUGACAACAGCGAGGCCAGCAGAAAUGGCGAUUACCUACCCAACCGCUUUCAAGCGCAGACCGAAGCAGUCUCACUUAUCUUCAACGCCAAAACCUCGUCCAACCCCGAGUCCGCCGUCGGUCUGAUGUCUAUGGCCGGCACGGGCCCCACUGUCCUCAACACGCCCACGACCAACUUUGGCGCUGUCCUCGCCGGUCUACACGAGACAAAGAUCAAAGGUCAAGCUCACGUGGGCACCGCUAUCAGCGUAGCCACCCUCGCCCUCAAGCACAGAGCCAAUAAAUCUCAGCGGCAACGCAUCGUGGUACUCAUGUGCAGUGAGCUGGAUCAGAAGUUUGGCGACAAGAACGACACAGAGAAGGAAUUGAUCAAGCUAGCGAAGAAGUGCAAGAAAAACAAUGUCAGCGUCGAUUUCGUGGCGUUUGGUGAUGCGACCGAGUCGGCGACAAAGGACAUUCUGGAGAAGUUCGUGGAAGCAGUAGGAGGCUCGAGCGGUGAGGGCAAUUACCUCGCUGUCAUCCCUCCUGGCCCUGGUCUCCUGAGUGACAGUCUGAUUACCACACCGAUCAUCAACAUGGGCGGCGAGGCUGGACAGGGAAGUGGCGGUAUGGAAGGGGUUGAGACCGGCGGUAGCUCUGGAGGUGGUGGGUUCGAGUUUGGCGUUGAUCCUUCUACAGACCCGGAGCUUGCUAUGGCUCUGCGCAUGAGUAUGGAGGAAGAGCAAAACCGACGAGCGAGGGAGCAGGAGCGAGAUGCUCAGAAUGCGGCGGAUCAUAUGGAGACCAUUACAGAAGAAGGCCAGACUUCGAAUCAAAACCAGCAGAACGGUGGUAGCUCCGGUGAUGGAAGCGGAUCAAAACAGCCAAGGGUGGAAGACGACAAGCCGGAUGGUCAUUGA